AUGCCUGCUGCAUCACCUGGGAUGGUUGUAAAAUUACGUGGAAUACUUUGGGCUUCAUCUGGGAUGGUUGAUGCCUGUGCCAUGCGCUGUGUUGCUUGUCCAUUAGUUGGGAUGCUUGGACCAUCAGCUGCGAUGCUUGGGUAAUCACUGGGGAUGCUUUGGCCAUCUCGUGGAAGGUUGGCGCAUCAGCUUGUAGGUUGCUUUAGCCAUCGCCUUAAAUGGUUUGGGAAACGCCUUGAGUGCUUUGGGCAUGACUUGGGAUGCUUGAGCCAUAAUCUAGCAUGCUUGGGAUGUCACCUGGAAUGGGUGGAGCAUCUCGUGCGAUGCUUGAGGCAUCACCUUGGCGAUAAAAAUUAAUUAUAAGUUUUUUGCGAUAACUUCGAAACUACCCUAGAUUUUAUUCUUUCAAGUUUAUGGCAUGUCAUGGAAGAUUAGACAGGAAGCUUUGUAAUGCAGGGGGUGAAUGUAAAGGUCUGAAAUAAUUUAUUGCGGCUAUUGACACCAUUUCAUGAAAAUCUUUUCAACGCUCUUCGCUUCAUUGGCUUUUUUCUUCAAGUUGAUGUCGCUUGGUCAUAAAUUUUGAUUUAACUUUCCCACCCCAUACCCCAAUCAUUCUCAAAAAAAAUACAAUCCCCCCCCCCCCCCCCGGUCUUCAUGUUUUCAUCACUCUAUACAUGGUUUUAUUCAUAGAAGACCAACAAUUUUUUCCAUGUUUUUGUAACUUGCACUUUUUCGGGAUGAUUCUUAUAUGUAAUCUAGGCCGCGGAUUAUUAUAUACUUUUAUUUAUUUUUAAAGCAAAAAACAUUAUUCAAACAACACAUUAUUCCUAUUUCUUUGUCUUUAUUAACUUCAUCUCUCCACUUUUAUUCUUCAUCUUA